AUGCACAUAUUUGUUAUUUUUUUUCAUAAGAAUGUUUAAAAUAUGGAAAUCCUGGAGAAAGGGAAACUUAUACUUAUGAUUGAGGAAAUGAAAUAAUAAAUAAAGAAUGAAGUAUUUUCACAUUUUAAUAAUUUUUAAAACCUUAUAAAAGAUGAUUAAUUGGUUUUGGUUUAGAAAUGUUUUAACCAGUUAAAGAUCCUUAAGUUUAAAUUGUUUAUGGAUGUUUUUAUAUUAUUUAUCAAUAUGAGAUCGUUCAAAAUGUUUAUAAUAGUUAACCUAAAAUUAUAACUCAAUUAUUGA